CGGCUUUUGACAGCUAAACGUAUUAUUUUUUGUUUGCAGCGUCUUUUACAAGAAAAUUUUGAAAAAUUUAAACAAAUUUAUAAAAAUUAAAAAAACUAAGAAAAAUUAAUUAAAAAACACUGCUUUAAUAUGAGCAACAAUGAAUUGGGCUCUUUGGCCAUGGAAAUAGAUUUUCCCGAGGAGGAUGUUCCCUAUGAGGAGGAGAUUUUGCGUAAUGCCUACUCUGUCAAACACUGGUUACGUUAUAUUGAUCACAAAGCUAAGGCGCCCAAUAAUGCCGUUAAUAUUGUUUACGAAAGAGCUCUAAAGGAGCUGCCCGGCAGUUAUAAGAUAUGGUAUAACUAUUUACGCACCCGCAGGAAGCAAGUACGUGGCAAAUGUAUUACCGAUCCCAUGUAUGAGGAAGUGAAUAAUACUUUUGAAAGAGCUUUAGUCUUUAUGCAUAAAAUGCCUCGCAUUUGGAUGGAUUAUGGUUCCUUCAUGACAUUACAGUGUAAGAUUACACGCACCCGGCACGUUUUUGAUCGUGCUCUAAGAGCUCUUCCUAUUACCCAACAUCAUCGUGUAUGGCCUUUGUAUUUGAAAUUUGUGCAAAAAUUUGAUAUUCCCGAAACGGCGGUAAGAAUCUUUAGACGUUAUUUAAAAUUGGCUCCAGAUGAUGCUGAGGAGUAUAUUGAAUAUUUGCUGAGUGUGGGACGUUUAGAUGAUGCUGCCCAGCAGUUGGCUAGUAUAGUGGACAAUGAACAUUUUGUUUCUAGACAGGGAAAAUCAAAUCAUCAGCUUUGGAAUGAGUUGUGUGAUUUGAUAUCGAAAAAUCCGGAUAAAGUACAUUCCCUAAAUGUGGAUGCCAUUAUAAGGGGAGGGCUGAGGAGAUAUACCGAUCAAUUGGGACAUUUGUGGAACUGUUUGGCUGACUACUACGUCCGGUCCGGUCUCUUUGAUAGAGCACGUGAUAUUUACGAGGAAGCCAUACAGACCGUAAGAACUGUUCGAGAUUUUACUCAAGUUUUCGAUGAAUACGCUCAAUUUGAGGAAUUGUCCUUAAACAAACGCAUGGAGUUUGUGGCAAACGAUCCUAAUGCUACCGAAGAAGAUGACAUAGAUGUAGAAUUGCGCUUGGCACGUUUUGAACAUCUAAUGGAAAGACGUCUUUUGUUGCUAAACAGUGUUCUACUGCGUCAAAAUCCACACAAUGUACACGAGUGGCAUAAACGUGUUAAACUGUAUGAAGAUAAACCUCAUGAGAUCAUCAAUACCUACACAGAGGCUGUGCAAACAGUGCAACCCAAAUUGGCUGUGGGAAAACUUCAUACUUUAUGGAUAGAAUUUGCCAAAUUCUAUGAAUCCAAUGGUCAGGUGGAAGAUGCUCGUGUCGUAUUUGAACGGGGCACUGAGGUGGAAUAUGUUAAGGUAGAAGAUUUAGCCAGCGUUUGGUGUGAAUGGGCUGAGAUGGAAAUUCGGCAGGAGAAUUUCGAUGCAGCUCUUAAACUUAUGCAAAAGGCUACGGUUAUGCCCAAGCGCAAGGUAGCCUACCACGAUGACACGGAAACUGUGCAAAUGCGCCUAUACAAAUCGUUAAAGGUUUGGUCCAUGUAUGCUGAUUUGGAAGAAUCAUUUGGUACCUUUAAAACUUGCAAGGCUGUCUAUGAUCGUAUAAUAGAUUUAAAAAUCUGUACACCACAAAUCAUUAUUAACUAUGGUUUGUUCUUGGAAGAACACAAUUACUUUGAGGAGGCUUUUAGAGCUUAUGAAAAGGGUAUUGCUCUCUUCAAAUGGCCUAAUGUUUACGAUAUAUGGAAUGCUUAUCUCACCAAAUUCCUCAAACGUUAUGGUGGUUCUAAACUGGAAAGAGCUAGAGAUUUGUUUGAACAAUGUUUGGAAAAUUGUCCUCCAGAACAUGCCAAAUAUUUCUAUUUGCUCUAUGCCAAAUUGGAAGAAGAUCAUGGUUUGGCAAGACAUGCCAUGGCGGUAUAUGAUAGAGCUACUAGUGCUGUCAAGCCCGAAGAAAUGUAUGAUAUGUAUAAUAUAUUUGUUAAAAAGGCCGCAGAGAUUUAUGGUCUGCCUCGCACUAGAGAAAUCUAUGAAAAGGCCAUUGAAUGUUUGCCCGAAGAAAAUAUGCGUCAUAUGUGUGUAAGAUUUGCUGAAAUGGAAACCAAAUUAGGAGAAAUAGACAGAGCUAGAGCGAUAUAUGCACAUUGUUCACAGGUCUGUGAUCCCCGCAUUACGGCUGACUUUUGGCAAACUUGGAAAGAGUUUGAGGUUAGACAUGGUAAUGAAGAUACCAUGCGAGAAAUGUUGCGUAUCAAACGUUCUGUACAGGCCACUUAUAAUACCCAGGUUAAUAUGAUGGCCGCCCAAUAUAUAGCCAAUAACACACCAGCUGAUGCUGCCGGCGGUGAUGCUAUGCGUAUGCUAGAUGCCAAAGCAGCUGAGGCAAAUAAUCAACAAAAAGAUAAACUACCACUCAAACCACAAUCAUCCACAGCCUCAAAUAUUAUGUUUGUACGUGGCGAAAUACAAGGUGGUUCUGCUAAAGAUAAAGUGGUUAAUCCCGAUGAAAUUGAUAUUGGCGACAGUGAUGAAGACGAAGAUGAGGAUAUGGAUGACGAUGAUGAGGAAAAUAAUGAAGCGCAAAAAGUCACACGUAAAGAUGAAAAUGAUGUGAUAAUGAAAAAGUUAAAAAUAGAACAAAAAACCAUACCAUCUAAAGUGUUUGGUGGUUUAAAACCGGCUAAAAAUGAUGAGGAUGAUGAUGAUGAUGAUUGAAGAGUGUUAUUAUGAUUCAAAAUUAGGACAUUAUAAAAUGAAAAUAUAAAAAAAAGAUUUAUUAUAAAGUGCAAGUUAUGUUUGUGAAGAGUGCUUAAGGGUUUAUUAAAUUUGGAUUUCUUGUGGAGAGUAUAGAACCA